ACACACACACACACACACAAGCACACACACUCAGACAUACUGCAAACUCUCAACAGGAAACUCUGAACCAUAAUGCGAAGGCACCUCAGAGCAGACGGGUGCAUUGCUCAAACCAAGUGGGAUACGGUGCGGCUUUGAUAGUGCGUUAAUUACUCAUGUGAUGUGAUACAGAUGUCUGGGGGCUUCAGCCGAAAGUUUGCCUGACAGUUUCCAAGGGGGCCAGGCAGACAUUUUAGAAGCGGAACGACUGUGAGCAAAAGAGAUGCCCAACACACUCCGCUGAUGCCUCAUCCUUACUGUCUGACUGUAACUAGUCCUGGCAUCUCCCAUCUGUGCCGCCUUGUGAUAUAUUGGGACAGUAUUUCAAUCAGGGAAAUCAAAGCAGCGAAUGUUUUCCAUAAUGGGCACCCCAGCUGCACAUAUGUUGGUGCUAAUGGCCUGUAUGGCAGCCAGAGGAAUGUGCCAGAUAAACAGAGCUGAAGCGGAGCAGGGCUCUCUCCCAGGCUUCCUCGUCCACUCCACCCUCCAGUCCACGGGCUUCUACAGCACCGUCAGUCCAAGCACGGGGCCCGGCUUCCACCUGGGGGCCCAAAGGGCUGAUGCACAAGCUGUGAGAUCUGGCUCUGCAAAUGAAACUGUCAUAAAGACACCAGUGCCACCUCCACUGUGCAUGCAAACUACUUCUAUCAAGGACUAUUUUAAGUACAUCAACACCACAAUUUCCAUCAUAGUGUUUGCGGUCGGCCUGGUUGGCAACGCCACCCUGUUGAGGAUUAUAUACAGGAAUAAGUGCAUGAGGAACGGGCCCAAUGCCCUGAUUGCCAGCCUGGCACUGGGUGACCUCAUCUACAUUUUCAUUGAUAUACCCAUCACUAUGUACAAGCUCCUCCUGUCCCGCUGGCCUUUUGAUGACAGUGUUUUUGGCCUGUGUCUGUGCAAGCUGGUGCCCUUCCUGCAGAAAGCCUCUGUGGGCAUCACUGUUCUCAACCUGUGCGCCCUCAGCGUGGACAGGUACAGGGCUGUGGCAUCCUGGAGCAGGGUGCAGGGAGUGGGCAUUCCUCUCUCCACAGUCAUUGAGAUUGUGUCUAUUUGGGUGCUGUCACUCAUCCUGGCAAUACCGGAGGCUAUUGGCUUCGACAUGGUCAGCUUCAACUACAGGAACGAAACCUUCCGCACAUGCAUGCUUAACCCCAAAUCGGACUUCAUGAUGUUUUACAAGGAUGCAAAAGACUGGUGGCUGUUUGGCUUCUACUUUUGUGUACCACUGGCCUGCACUUGUAUCUUCUACACUCUGAUGACCAGCGAGAUGCUGAACCACAGGAACGGCAGCCUUCGGAUAGCUCUCAGCGAGCACCUCAAACAGAGGAGGGAGGUAGCCAAAGCCGUCUUCUGCCUUGUCCUCAUCUUUGCCCUCUGCUGGUUCCCACUGCACCUCAGCAGGAUCCUUAAGAAGAUGGUUUACUACCAGAAUGAUAAGAUGCGCUGUGAGCUGCUCAGUUUCCUGUUGGUCCUGGAUUACCUCGGUAUCAACCUUGCAACAAUCAACUCCUGCAUAAACCCCAUUAUCCUCUACUUUGUCAGCAAGAAGUUCAAAAACUGCUUCAAGUCAUGUUUGUGCUGCUGGUGCUACUCUGACAACCAACUGAGCAGCAUCGGACCCAUGAAUGGUACCAGUAUCCAAUGUAAAAGCCCCGAGCCCAACAACCCGUACGCUGACCGCAGCAUCAGGAAAGACAGCAACUGACCGCACACCUGAGGACUAUUUUCAAGCUUUUUAAUAUCCCGAGCAAGCUUCUGAAAUGCAACCAAUGCACACUUUAACGUAUAUGCAGUAGGCUACAUCAAAAAGUACUUGUUUAGACAACAAAUACACAUCCUCUGGACCACUGAAGCAAUGUAUGAGCCUUGCACGGAUGCAUCAGGAACUGGAGCUAAAAGGAACAAACAAUGGAUUUGAUGCACGGUGCUCUGAAGUUCCCUGGGCCUCUCAGCAGGCCUCACUUCCUAGGACAAACUCCUUGUAUUCCCACACCCUUGGACAGUGACGCUGUAGCGUGAGAGGAGACGGGGGAGAGCAGGAUGAGCAGGGGAAAAACUUUAACAGGAUGGAGCUGAGCAGUAACUAUCAUUUUUAAUGAUUAUGUUACUUUUUGGAUGGAUGGAGCCACAAAAAACAUAGAACUUUGACACAGGAGACUGCUGUUUGUUUCCCAUCUGAAACCAAUCAGUGAGCAUUGUUUCUUUUAUCCAGGAUCAUCCUACAUUAACCACAUGUUUAUUAUUGUAACCAUAACGAUAAAUGUCAUUUGGCUCUAAGUCAAACCGUGAUAUUUUCCUAUAACCAAACAGUUUUUGUGCCUAAACCUAAGCAAACCAUGACCGUUCCAUAAACUUGACUGCAUGUUUAUUAUUAUGAGCAUGAUGGCAAAGGUCCACUUGGCUUGAGAUUCUCAUAUGAUGCUGUAUCAGAGGGACAACAGACCUGUAUGGUUGUUCAGGUUGGACGACUUGUUGUAAUCUCAUCCAGUGUCAGAAUAUGCCAAAAUACACGGGCAUAAAAUCAAAUACAGGAUUGUAGGUUUUAGAGCACAUAAGUUACAACUCUGUAUUUUUAUAGCACAUGUCAAGCAAAUGAUAAAUAUGAAGUAAUGCAUUAUGACAGGUCUGAUCCACCAUUUGCCAAAAAUGGACAGGAAUUAGCUUUUUUUCCUACUACACUGUGAAUUUUACUUUACAUAAUCAACAGUAGUUAUGCAUGUAUAACCCAUGGAAUAUAUAUGUAUAGUGUCCACUUUUAUAAAGUGUUAUAUUGUAGUAAUAAUAAGCAUGUUACUCAGACUACAUUACCUGUGUAAUGACAGAAGCAGAGGAGUUUUUUUGGGAGUCAGGAACACUCCAAAUGUUGAAGGAAUAGUUUUGUAUUUUGGGAAAUAUGAUAAUUUGCUUUCUUGCCAAGAGUAAGAUGAUAAGAUACCACUCUCAUGUCUGUUUAUUAAAUGUAAAGUCAGGUAGCUUAGCUUAGCAUAAAAACUGAUAACAGAGGGAAACUGGUAGUUGGGCUGUGUCCAAAGGUAACAAAAUUUGCUUCCUAAUUAACACAUUGUAUCUCGUUUAUUUAAUCCAUACUAAAACAGUAAAGUGUAAAAACUUUUUUUCAGCAAUGAGUUUUGAAAUUCAGCAAUUACAUUACAGUUAUCAAUCUUAGUAAUGCUUUGUUAGCCUACUGUGACAUUUUGGAGGUCAGUUUGUUUGCUGUCUGAGUUUUAUGGAUGAAGAUGAGCUUGGUCUCCCUUCAGUGGUCUAGCACGUGCUAGCUCGGACACUAGCACGCAUAUGGAGGGGAAAUGCAACUCCCAGUAACUUUAAAGUUGUAUAAUUUAGGUGUUGUGUCCUAAUUAGCUGGCCUGCAAACGUUAGCCACUGGGAAACCUACAUUCAGGAAUCAUCUGGUUUUGUUCAAAGUUGAAAUGUGUGUGAACCCUGCAACGUCACUCACAAUUGAUGGGAAAUAAAUACCAACAAAACGUAGGCUGCGUGCUUGUUGAAUCACAAUGACGCAUUUUCUAUAUCUACAAAUACAAUCCAGAAUAUGAGACAUGAGGCUGUAAAGACACUUUUGACAAAACUAAUUAGCUGAGAAAUGAAAGUAGAGAAUGUACCUAAUUACUUUUGCAUAUAUGAAUCAGUAAAGUAACGUAAAUUAUGUUUCCAAAUAAUAUGUAAUGAGUAAUUCAUUACAUUUUAAGUAACUUGCCUAUCACUAUUUAUGGGGGCUUAUGUACUGGACUAAUUCUUGGCUGGGCGCAGUGACUUCCUUGGUGAGCUAAAGCUAAGCUAAGCUAAGCUAACCAGCUGCCAGCUGUAGUUUUAUAUCUAACUUACAGAAAUGAGAGUGAUAUAAAUCUUGGCAAGAAAGUAAGUACAGGUAUUUCCCAAAAUUAUUUUAAGAAUUAUUUUUAUGUGGAAAUCAUAUUCAGCCACCAAACAGCUGUACUGCCUUAUACUGUUUGAUAUGUGAAUACAUGUAAACCUGUGUGCGUUUAAAUGUGUGUUAGCAUAUGUGUCUUUGAAUGUGUUCUAGCGUGUGUGUGUGUGUGUGUGUGUGUGUGUGUGUGCUGUGUAUAAUUACUUGCACUUCUUUAGUUGGGGUGUCUUUGCACACUUGUGUACAGAAGAAUAAGUGAUAUCUGUACAGAAUUAUUUUACCACUAUUCAUCAAACGUAUAUACUGUUUAUAUAAUCUGUAGAAAAUGGAAUUCAUAUGUGUUUGUUAUUGAUUUAACAUGUUAACAUCAUGCUAGUGCUGCUGCUUAUACCAAUAAAUCAAUUUCCAUCUCCA